CUAAAUCACCAUGUCGGCGCCCAUCUUUGCCCAGGAGGCAACGCAAGAGCGAGCCGAGAAUGCUCGUCUGUCCUCGUUCGUUGGCGCAUUGGCCUUGGGCGACUUGGUCAAGUCGACGCUGGGGCCCAAGGGUAUGAACAAGAUCCUCCAGUCCGUCGGAUCAAACGAGAUUACCGUGACAAACGACGGUGCAACGAUUCUGCGCAGCAUUCACCUCGACAACCCCGCGGCCAAGAUCCUCGUCAACAUCAGCAAGGUCCAGGAUGACGAGGUGGGCGAUGGAACGACGAGCGUGUGCGUCCUGGCCGCCGAGCUUCUGAGGGAGGCCGAGAAGCUCAUCGAGAUGAGGAUCCACCCUCAAACAAUUGUGGAGGGCUACCGAAUCGCCAGCAAGGCUGCGCUGAGGGCGCUGGACGAGAGCGCAGCGGACCACAGCUCCAACGCCGAGCAGUUCCGCACCGAUCUCUUCAACAUUGCACGGACCACGCUGUCCUCCAAGGUGCUCUCGCAGGACAAGGACUACUUUGCCAACCUGGCCGUGUCAGCGGUGCUGCGCCUCAAGGGCUCGACGAACCUGGAGAACAUCCAGAUCAUCAAAAAGGUCGGCGGCAAGUUGACCGACAGCUACCUCGACGAAGGCUUCAUCCUCGACAAGCGCAUUGGCGGCAGCAGCCCCAAGAGGCUCGAAAAGGCAAAGAUUCUCAUUGCCAACACGUCGAUGGACACGGACAAGGUCAAGGUCUUUGGCGCCCGCGUCCGCGUAGAGGGGACGGGCAAGCUGGCCGAGCUGGAGAGGGCCGAGAAGGAGAAGAUGAAGGCAAAGGUCGAGAGGAUCAAGUCGCAUGGUAUCAACUGCUUCAUCAACCGGCAGCUCAUCUACAACUACCCCGAGUCGCUCCUCGCCGAGGCAGGCAUCGUCUGCAUUGAGCAUGCCGACUUCGAGGGUGUCGAGCGGCUCGCCCUCGUCACGGGUGGUGAGAUUGCGUCGACGUUUGACCGGCCUGAUCUGGUCAAGCUCGGCCAGUGCGACCUAAUCGAGGAGGUCAUCAUUGGCGAGGACCGGCUGAUCAAAUUCUCGGGCGUCGCUGCGGGCGAGGCGUGCACGGUGGUGCUCCGGGGUGCAACGUCGCAGAUGGUCGACGAGGCGGAGCGGUCGCUGCACGACGCGCUGAGCGUGCUCAGCCAGACGGUCAAGGAGACGCGCGUCGUUCUCGGCGGUGGCUGUGCAGAGAUGAGCAUGAGCAAGGUCGUCGACGAAGAGGCUCGACGGACUGCGGGUAAAAAGGCAAUUGCGACAGAGGCCUUUGCCAGGGCCCUCCGACAGCUGCCCACCAUCCUGGCCAACAAUGCCGGCCUGGACUCGGCGGACCUCGUGGCCAAGCUCCGCGCCGCGCACCAGGAGGGUGACAAGGACGCCGGCCUGGACCUCAACGAGGCCAGGGUCCGUUCCAUGCGCGAGCUGGGCGUCACCGAGAGCUACAAGCUCAAGCGACAGGUCGUCCUCUCUGCCAGCGAGGCCAGCGAGCUCAUUCUGCGGGUCGACGACGUGCUCAAGAGCGCACCGAGAAGGAGGGAGGCCCACUAG